UCAGUUGAUGUUAUUAUAAGCUCUUUUCAUAGCCUAAUCCGUACUUUGGGAACUUGGCUUUGUCUUUUUUGCAUAGCUUUGAGGGUUUUAUCAAGAAGAAAAAAUGGAGGAGAAUCUUCCUCCGGGGUUCAGAUUCCACCCCACAGAUGAAGAACUCAUCACUUAUUAUCUUUCCCACAAGGUCUCCGAUAUCAGCUUCACUUCCAAAGCUAUUGUCGAUGUUGAUCUGAAUAAAUGUGAACCUUGGGAUCUUCCAGCCAAGGCAUCGAUGGGGGAGAAAGAAUGGUACUUCUUUAGUUUGAGAGACCGAAAAUACCCAACUGGACUUCGUACGAACCGAGCUACUGAAGCAGGUUAUUGGAAAACCACAGGCAGAGACAAGGAAAUCUUCCGGGCUGGCAUUCUUGUUGGGAUGAAGAAAACCCUAGUUUUCUACAAGGGAAGAGCCCCCAAGGGUGAGAAAAGUAACUGGGUCAUGCAUGAAUAUAGGCUUGAAAAUAAAAACCCUUUCAAGGCCACAAAGGAGGAAUGGGUGGUGUGUAGGGUAUUCCAAAAGAGUGCAGCAGUGAAGAAACCACAGCCAACCUCAUCCUCACAACCAUCUCUUGGAUCUCCAUGUGAUGCAAAUUCAAUUGUGAACGAGUUUGGAGAUGUUGAGGUACCAAACUUGAACAUUAAUGUCAACCCCUCAAGUGGGUUCAGUAACAUCGCAACACCUAGUUACAGUAAUACUGUUAAUCAUGGUCACAUGAACGCCAUGAACUUAAACCUGGAUUUUGCAGCAGCAAGCCUUCCAUCGUCGCUCACAUGGCCUUCUAGCAUUCUAAGCCCUAAUCUUUCCAUGAAUUCCUUUCUCCUUAAGGCAUUGCAGCUUAGGAAUUAUCAACCAAGAGAUGUUACAUCCAUAGAUUAUUCGCUUCUGUCUUCGUCACAAGGGAUUAAUCCUCCAUUCGGAACAGGUUUAAUUUCAAAUUUCCAAGGCGCAGCUUCUUCUUCCAAGGUCGUAGAUCCUAUGCCACAACAACAACAGGAGCAACCAUUCAAUAUGGACUCCAUGUGGUGAAGCUAUAAUCUGAAUAUAAGUCUAAAAGUGUGAGAAAAACUAAC